AUGAGGGGCGGAGCCUGAGUGCGCCUGCGCGGUGCGCACUACUCAGGGAGGCGGAGGCGACGUGCAGGAGGAAAGAUGGAAGACUACCAGGCUGCCGAGGAGACUGCUUUUGUUGUUGAUGAAGUGAGCAACAUUGUAAAAGAGGCUAUAGAAAGUGCAAUCGGCGGCAACGCCUAUCAGCACAGCAAAGUGAACCAGUGGACCACAAACGUAGUCGAACAGACUUUAAGCCAACUCACCAAGCUGGGCAAGCCAUUUAAAUACAUCGUGACCUGUGUAAUUAUGCAGAAGAAUGGAGCAGGGUUACACACAGCAAGUUCCUGCUUCUGGGACAGCUCUACGGACGGCAGCUGCACUGUGCGGUGGGAGAACAAGACCAUGUACUGCAUCGUCAGCGCCUUCGGGCUGUCCAUCUGAGCCGCGGCUGACCCUCCGCUCCGCUCCCGGCCCUCCGGGAGGCCGGUGAACGCCUUUUUCGUGCUCCUUCAGCGUGGUUCUCGGGGCGCUCUCCAGAUGGAGAGAAAAGCCGAAGGCUGGCCCUGUUCUGCGAACAGCACCCCCAGGUCCGAGGACUUGCCCUCCCAGGCAGUCAGGCCUCUGCUGCCACUCGUCUUAACUGUUUCUUUUCAAAGGUGCUAAAAACUGAAAUCUGCUAGUUUGAAACUUUCUCUACUCUGAAUGAUUCAGGUACACUAAUUUUCCACACUUUGUACUUUGGUUAGAGUAAUAAAUUAUUCCAAUUUAAA